UCAGUUGAUAAACAACCAACCCCACGUCACUAGUGGGGCCCCCAUUGUUUGGUGAGUGAGUGAGUGUUCACGCUGGCCCAGCACAAGAUGCGUCGCUCGCACCACUACGAGCCCCUGCCGCAGGACGCCAACAGCGCCAUCGAGCAGGAGAACGAGCGGAUGACCCACGAGUUGGCCGAGAAAAUCGGGGUGCUCAAGUCGCUGUCCAUCGACAUUGGGACCGAAGUCCAGCACCAGCACAAGCUGCUGCGCGACGUGGACGACGACAUGGACCGCACCGGCGGCUUCCUGGGCAAAACCAUGUCGCGCGUAGCAAAACUAUCGCGCGGCUCCCACAACUACAUUGUGCUUUACCUGUUCGUGUUCGCCCUCCUGGUCUUUUUCAUCCUGUACCUGGCGCUCAAGCUCCGAUAGGUUCGCUCCUGAUUAUAUCGCUGUUUCUCUA